UCUCUCUCUCUUUUUCAAACAAAGACACAUCCUUUCAAACUAUUUACACAACUACCUCGAAAAAAUCAUAUGAAGAGGACCCGAGCAGAAGCACCGGAGCUUGAUGGCACAGCCAUGGCGCGUUGGUUGGUUUUGCUAUCACAAGGAAGAGGGACAGUACCAGUUCUUGAUCAUCAUGCCAUGAUGAACAGCUCCCCUGGUCGUGUCUUCAGCUGCAAGACAUGUAACAGGCAGUUCUCUUCAUUUCAAGCGCUCGGAGGCCACCGUGCGAGCCACAAGAAGCCGAGGUUGAUGGGAGGAGAUAAUUCAGACGGUCAGUCGUCGUCGCCUCCGGUGAAGCCCAAAACACACGAGUGCUCCAUAUGUGGUCUUGAGUUUGCCAUAGGACAAGCCCUAGGAGGUCACAUGAGGAGACACAAGGCAAUUUUGAAUGACAAGUAUGGUCGUCAUGGUUCGAGUUUUACGGGCGUGGAUCAGAAGGAGGUAGUAAAGAGAUCGGAGAAAGUUUUAAGGUUGGAUUUGAACUUGACUCCUUUGGAGAAUGAUUUGCUGUUGUUUAGGGUUGGCAAGGCUGCUCCCAUGGUUGAUUUUUUCUUGUAGGCUUGCACAUGUACAAUAUUUUGUUCAUAUAUUUGACUAUACCUAGGAAUUGCUUCUUAGUUCUUUCUUCAAUUUUGUUUAUUUUUUUUUGGGGGAGAUUGGUUUGUAUUUAUAUUUGUUGAUUUAUUGAUGUCAAUAACCUCGGUUAU